AUGCCUGAUCAGGACAAAAAGUUGAGGAGCACAGAAAAAACAACAGACAAAAAACCUCAUGGGAUCUCUAUGAGGGAUUAUUCUGACCUGAAAAAACUUCAGUCUCUCUUGAAUGUUCGGUCAAGGAACCAACAGCUUCCAGCUAUAUAUUUUGAAAGUGUUCAAUCCAGUGUGACAAGAGCUCGUAAAAAUGUGAAAAGCAAGGAACAAGAACCCAGUGGUCAAUGGCAAGAAUCAACAGAAGCUGCUGAGCUUGAAAAAUUUAGGGAGUGGGUUAUUCAAGCUCCCUCCACCCAUUUUCUUAGAGUAUUGAUCUGCCUGAGAUUAUUAAUAAGGGAUCCAUGCUAUCAGGAAAUGCUUCACAGCUUGGGUGGAAUUGAAAAUCUAGCUCAGUAUAUGGAAACAGUAGCAAAUAACUGUCUUAAUUACAUAGAGGAGCAGCAUAAUGUAGACAAGUUGGUCAACAUGACAUACAUUUUCCAAAAGCUUGCUGCUGUUAAAAAUCAAAGAGAAUGGGUCAUAGCAAGUGGAGCACAUAAAACCUCAGUAAAUUUGUUAUCUGCCCGAGACAGCAAUGUCCUUUUGGGUGCCCUCCUUGCUCUGAUUAGCCUAGCAGAAAGUCUAGAAUGUAGGGAGAAGUAAAUAAGUGAGCUCACCAUUGUUGAGAACUUGCUGGUGAUAUUACAUGAAUACAAUUUUCUCUCUAAAAGGCUCACAGCAGAGUUGCUACGACUCCUUUGUGCAGAGUCAUGAGUCAAGGAACAAGUAAAAAUAUAUGAAGGAGUUCCAGUCUUGCUCAGUUUACUCCAUUCUGAUCAUAUCAAACUUCUGUGGAGUAUAGUUUGGAUUCUGGUACAGGUUUGUGAAGAUCCUGAGAUUAGUGUGGAAAUUCAGAUUUGGGGUGGAAUCAAGCAGCUCCAUCAUAUAUUACAGGGGGAAAGAAAUCUUUUUUCUGAUCACUCUUCAGUUAGAAGUUUAUCUAGUGCAAAUGCAGCAGGGACAAUCCAGGAUCUUCAUUUGUCAAAUGAUUUGAGUCCUGAGUAGAUGCAAAAAAAUACUUUUUCACUUCAGGCGGCUUGUUGUGCUGCGAUUACUGAGCUGGUGCUCAAUGAGACUAAUGCUUACCAAAUUGUACAGGCAAAUGGAAUAUAUACAAUAGCAAAGCUGAUUUUACCCAACAAAGAAAGGAAUGCUGAAAAAGCCAGUUUAUUACAGUGUUAUGCUUUCAGAGCCCUGAGAUUUCUCUUCAGUAUGGAAAGAUAUCGGCAUGUUUUCAAAAGACUUUUCCCAACUGACUUACUUGAAAUCUUCAUUGAUAUUGGACAUUAUGUGCGUGAUAUCAGAGCUUAUGAAGGGUUGGCAUCAAAGCUAAAUUUGUUAAAGGAGGAUGUACUGAAGCAAAUUGCUGAAAGUAUUGAGAGUAUGAAUCAGAAUAAGGUACCCACAAAAUAUAUAGGAAAUUAUGCAAUUUUAGAGCACCUUGGCAGUGGAGCUUUUGGAAGUGUAUAUAAGAUUAGGAAGCAUUAUGGACAAAAUCUCCUGGCAAUGAAAGAAGUCAAUUUACACAAUCCAGCAUUUGGAAAAGACAAAAAAGACAGAGACAAUAGUGUAAGAAACAUUGUCUCUGAAUUAACCAUCAUCAGAGAGCAGCUUUAUCAUCCAAAUGUUGUACGGUAUUAUAGAACCUUCUUGGAAAAUGACAGAUUGUACAUAGUCAUGGAGCUCAUAGAGGGGGUGCCAUUGGGAGAACACUUUCACUCUUUGAAGGAAAAACAACAACAGUUUACGGAAGACAGAAUAUGGCAUAUAUUUAUCCAACUUUGUCUAGCUCUUUGUUAUUUGCAUAAAGAGAAGAGGAUUGUUCAUCGAGAUCUCACUCUGAACAAUGUCACGUUAGGGGAUAAAGACAAAGUUACAAUUACUGACUUUGGGCUUGCAAAGCAGAAGCAAGAAAACUGCAAACUUGCAUCAGUAGUAGGAACCAUUCUAUACUCAUGUCCUGAAGUUGAAAAGAGUGAACCGUAUGGAGAAAAGGCUGAUGUCUGGGCUGCAGGAUGCAUCCUUUAUCAGAUGGCAACUCUGAACCCACCAUUUUACAGCACCAAUAUGCUCUCCUUGGCUACUAAGAUAGUAGGGGCUAUGUAUGAACCUGUGCAAGAAGGACUGUACUCUGAAAAAGUAUCAUUUACCAUUAAGAGCUGCUUGACUCCUGAUGCAGAGGCACGUCCAGACAUAGUGGAGGUCAGCUCACUGCUGUCUGAUGUUAUGAUGAAAUACCUGGAUGUUCUAUCCACCUCUCAUCUCAUGUUGGAGAAGAAACUGGAUCAGGAGAGGAGACAAACCCAGCAGUUCUUCAUGGAGGCUAAUCGAAAUGCAGUAACCUAUCACCAUCAGCUUUCCAUUUUAUCACAAGUAAGUACAAAAAUUAUCAGUCUUCAUAGUAGCAGCAAUGGAGCAGCCAGUUGCAAAAGUCAGUUUUCAGAAAAUACUGACCUUCCAGUUGAUAGUUGUCAGUCUGCAUGUGGAAAAUAUGAGGAAGGAACAUAUGAAGAAAUUCUGGUAGAGGAUCACAGGACUAUAGAGAAAGGUAUGUUCUCUGAAUUAGAUGCUGAGCUGGACAUACUGGACUACUCAAGCAGCUCCAGUUCAAGUAAUUUGAAAGAGUCUGCUAUUGGUAUAAUUAAACAAAGUUUUAGUACUUCUGGAAGACAACCAAAGAUAAGAGAUUAUGUUGACAGUCCUGGAUCAAGACUGCGACGAGCAUCAGCUGGAAUUGCUGUAUCACAAAGGAAGGUGUGUCAGAUCAGUGACCCCGUUCAGCAGAGUCUUAUUCAGCUCUACAAAAUUAUCUUCAUCACUCAACUUCCUCCAGCUUUGCAAUGCAACUUGAAAAGGAGAAUCAUUGAGAGGCUCAAGAAGUCCCUCUUCAGUCAGCAGAGCAAUCCUUGUAAUCUGAAAUCAGAAUAGAAAAAGUUUGACCACUUUCAUAAUAAGCGCAUCAAAUGCAUGGUUGGCACUUCUGACAUGGCAGAAGGGGUGACAUAUGAGCAGUUGCAGACUCUAAUUGAAGAGGUUCUAGAGGAAAGUGAUUAUUACAGUUUCUCUUCUAACAGGUGUCUCUACUUUCCAAAGGGAACAAAGAACUAUCCAGCAAAAGAAGAGAAUAUGUGAUUCUGAACAAAGGGUUUGGAAUUGUUCCUAAUGAAGUCAACCUGCCUGUACUUCAGCUGAGACUGAUUACUAAAGGGUCAAGCUUUGCUCAUUAAGUAACAUCCAGAUGGAAUACCAAUGUGGGGCAGCUUCAAGACCUCACAGGGUAUUUCAGGAUGAUACUCUUUAGCUUUGUUUACAGCAUAAGCACUUUGCAAGGAACAUUGGGAAAAAUGCUUUCAGGUUUAUAAAUUAGGAGAAAAGUACAGUUCUCAACAGUAAAUACCUUCUCUUUUUAGAAUAUGGUUUGCAUAGUCAGGUUUUCUGGAACAACAGUUCAGUAACCUUAUUGAUGUCCAUUUAUAUCUUCUGUGGGAAGAAAAAGAGCUUUGUAACAUGACCAGGCAGAAAAUAUAUCUAGGUUCACUCUACCAGAAUUAGAGACAGAUUAAACACCAUCAGUAUGAUUUUAAUAUUUAGAAGGAAUUUCACUUCUUAUAUUUAGGUAAUUGCAAAUUCUAAUGCUGCUGUGACAUGUUAAUUGUCAUUAUUUGCAAAUGACAUAGCUUCUGAAAUCAUUGUUAUUUUAAAACCAGCUGGCUUUACUGCUGUUUCAAAAUGUCUUCAUAUUAUAUGUCUGUCUUUAGCCACACGUUGUAUACGUCCGUGUGCAUAAAAUGUGUCAUGUACAUUUGUAUACAUUUUAUAUACACGUAUGUUUUACUGUUUAACAGACUUAAGUAAAUUAAAUACAUGCUUUGCUACUAAUCAAAAUUGAAGUACUUAAUAGCACUUCCAGAAUUUCAGUAUUUAUUCACUGUAUUAAAUGUAGAUAAAAAUGUCUCACUGCAGUAGCAGAGAAGCUGUGUUUUUGUCUACAGUUUAGUAAGGAAUACUUAUUAAUAACAAAGGCUUCUCUCUACAGUUGCUACUGUGGCAAUCAUAGCUAUUGCAAAUAACCAGGAUGCACUUGGUGAUACAGUUUUAUUAUCUCUGUUAAAAAUUAUUAGCCUUAUAGUCAUCACACGAUUACUUAUAAGUAAUUUCAUGCAGAUAUAUGUUGUGUACUUUUUUCUUUA